AUGCAUCAAGUUACACACGUGAACUCAAGGCCUCACUCCAUUUAUGGAUUCCCAAACUCAUCACCCACACUUUCUUUUUACACCCCUCAAUGCAGCAAGGUCAUUGAUCAAGCAAAAGCCUUAAAACUCCGUAUCACUUUUCCUUGCUACCCUUUCCUUCCAAAGAACCAGGAUAAUGAACACCCUCCCUUCCCCUCAAUACCAACACUUGUUUUUCGCCACUUCAGAAAUGGCUUUCAGAGAUGGAAACACUGCCCACCUGCAUCGUUUCUGAAUUUUGCCUUCCUGGGACAGCUGAUGUCGCAUCAAAGUUCAAGAUACCGAGAGUUGUCUUCCAGGAACCUCAUGCUUCGCCCUCUUGUGAUCACGCAACAUUAG